GAAGCCGCCGACUUCCGGCCGUGCAGCGGUGGGCUGAGCCAAAAUGGCUGAGGAGAAAGUCGCUACGAGAACCGUAUUUCCUGUAUCUACUGAGUCUCAAAAACCCCGGCAGAAGAAAGCUCCAGAGUUUCCUAUUUUGGAGAAGCAGAACUGGUUGAUUCAUCUUCAUUAUAUCCAGAAAGAUUAUGAAGCCUGCAAGGCUGUUAUCAAAGAACAGCUUCAGGAGACUCAGGGAUUGUGUGAAUAUGCUAUCUAUGUCCAAGCAUUGAUAUCUCGCCUGGAAGGAAAUAUCCAAGAAUCCCUAGAACUCUUCCAGACAUGUGCAGUUCUUAGCCCUCAGAGUGCAGAUAACCUCAAGCAGGUGGCCAGAUCUUUAUUUCUUUUGGGAAAACAUAAAGCUGCCAUUGAAGUAUAUAAUGAAGCAGCUAAACUCAACCAGAAAGAUUGGGAGAUCAGCCAUAACCUAGGAGUUUGCUACAUAUACCUGAAGCAGUUCAACAAGGCACAAGACCAGUUGCACAAUGCCCUGAAUCUUAAUAGGCACGAUCUGACUUACAUAAUGCUGGGGAAGAUCCACUUGCUGGAGGGAGACUUGGACAAGGCCAUUGAAAUCUACAAGAAAGCAGUGGAGUUCUCACCAGAAAAUACACAGCUUCUUACAACUUUAGGAUUACUCUACUUACAGCUCGGCAUUUACCAGAAGGCAUUUGAACAUCUUGGCAAUGCACUGACUUAUGACCCUACCAACUACAAGGCCAUCUUGGCAGCAGGCAGCAUAAUGCAGACCCAUGGGGACUUUGAUGUUGCCCUCACCAAAUACAGAGUUGUGGCUUGUGCUGUUCCAGAAAGUCCUCCACUGUGGAAUAACAUUGGAAUGUGUUUCUUUGGCAAGAAGAAAUAUGUGGCAGCCAUCAGCUGCCUGAAACGAGCCAACUACUUGGCACCCUUCGAUUGGAAGAUUCUGUAUAAUUUGGGCCUUGUCCAUUUGACCAUGCAGCAGUAUGCAUCAGCUUUUCAUUUUCUCAGUGCGGCCAUCAACUUCCAGCCAAAGAUGGGGGAGCUCUACAUGCUCUUGGCAGUGGCUCUGACCAAUCUGGAAGAUAUAGAGAAUGCCAAGAGAGCCUACGCAGAAGCAGUCCAUCUGGAUAAGUGUAACCCUUUAGUAAACCUGAACUAUGCUGUGCUGCUGUACAACCAGGGUGAGAAGAAGAACGCCCUGGCCCAGUAUCAGGAGAUGGAGAAGAAAGUCAACCUACUCAAGGACAAUAGCUCUCUGGAAUUUGACUCUGAGAUGGUGGAGAUGGCUCAGAAGUUGGGAGCUGCUCUCCAGGUUGGGGAGGCACUGGUCUGGACUAAACCAGCUAAAGAUCCCAAAUCAAAGCACCAGACCACUUCAACCAGCAAACCUGCCAGUUUCCAGCAGCCUCUGGGCUCUAACCAAGCUCUAGGACAGGCAAUGUCUUCAGCAGCUGCAUACAGGACGCUCCCCUCAGGUGCUGGAGGAACACAGUUCACAAAGCCCCCAUCUCUUCCUCUGGAGCCAGAGCCUGCGGUGGAAUCAAUUCCAACUGAAACAUCAGAACAAAUGAGAGAGAAAUAAGAAUAGAAUGAAUGACCCCAAAAUAGGGUUUUCUUGGGCAAGGAUCUGCUGGAUUAGGAAAGGUGACAUGACACAGGCAGAGUGGCACCCACCACAGAAUACAGUGUGUGUUAUGAUUACGAGGAGCCAGCAGUUGAGCCUAAGGUCCUUCUGCCUACCUGGUAUUGGCAUUUGAGGUCGGAAACCCUCUAUUGCCCCAUAAGCUAGGAAAAGUGAAAAGACAACACAGUUCCUUUAAGAACUGGCAGCAAGGCUUGAGGCUCUGUGUAUGUAGCUGAGUCAGCAAGGUACAUGAUGCUGUCUGCUUUCAAAAGGACUUUUCUCCCCUAGCUGACUGACUCCUUCCUUAGUUCAAGGAACAGCUGAGACAGACCUCUGCUGAGUAGCCCUGUGAUGACAAAGCCUUGGUUUAACUGAGGUGAUCCUCAGGUUGUGAGGUUUUAUUCGUCCCCAAGGCAAACACAAAUAUUAGAUUAAUAAUCCAACUUUAAUAGUAUACAUUUAAAAGAAAAAAAACAAAAGCCCUGUAAGUUGAGGCCCAGCCUGCUGAGUAUUGCAGCUGCAUUUGCCUAAAGGGAAUCCAGAACAAGUCCCUCCCUGUAUUUUGUUCUUGAGAGGGGUCAGUUUAGGAGCUAGAUCCUAUCAGUAUGAGGAGGAGCAGCCCAGGGCUUGUCUGGAUCAGCACCAACGAUUUUAAAGAAAAAAGGAAGAGUUUCUUAGAUGAGUAAUUGUUAUUGAAGAUAGUCAGUGAUAACCACUGACCAGAUGCUAUCAAUACACUAUGUGUCCUUUUUAGAAUAAAGAUUACGUAUCAUCAUUCCUUUGGGGAAAAUUGUUACUCAGGUAUAAAAACGAGAUCACAAUAAAAACCUAAAAGAACCUAUGA